AACCCGGGAGAUAAUAAUAAUUUUUUCUUUUGUCACCGGAUUCCCGCCUCUCUCCGCCAGAGCCAACAACACAAAAUGGCCUCACUUGUAGCCCGCAAUGCCUCUCCACGAUGCCGUUUCUUAGUUGCAACGCUUCACACGGCCCGGAAAACGCGUUCAAUCCACAACACACCCUCAAAUCCCCUCGAGCGAACCGCCUCCGCAAAGGCGACCGCCGCCGCCGCCGCCCUUCCAUCCCAUCCAUCAUCGUCCUCGCAAACCACAACCCCAAUCGCCCCAACAACGCCGCUCACGCAAUCUCAAAAAGAUUUCCUCGACUCCGCUCUACGCGUCAACCAAGCCGGCGAACUCGCCGCCGUUCUAAUCUACUCGGCGCAAACCCCUCCCCUCCUCCGCUCACACCCGCAUCUCCGGCCUCUGAUGAAGCAUAUGCACGAUCAGGAAGCCGGCCACUUUAACUACUUCAACUCUUUGCUUGCAAAACACCGUAUUCGACCGACCGCAAUGUACCCUGUGUGGCACGCCGCCGCGACAGCUUUAGGUUGGGGUACCGCCGUCAUGGGUCGUGAGGCUGCUAUGGCGUGUACUGAGGCCGUUGAGACGGAAAUCGGCUCACAUUACAACGAGCAGGUGCGCGUAUUGCUUGAUUGGGCAGAGAAAAUGGAGAGCCGUGGGGAGUCGCUGGGAGAGGAGCUUACGGUGUUGAUUGGGGAGUUGAGGAGGAUUAGGGAUGAAGAGUUGGAGCAUUUGGAUCAUGCUGUGGAGAAUGAUAGUAAAGAGGCCAGACCGUAUGAGUUGCUGACGAAUGUCAUCAGAGGGGGUUGCCGAACAGCUAUUUGGAUUAGCGAGAAGGUGUGAUUGUGAUUUAUCGUGUGAUGUAUGAUAAAGUGGAUGGAUGAC